CGCUGCUGCUGUUGCCUCCGCUGCCGAUCCGGCUACUGCUGGUGCUGCAGCACUGACAAGUGCCGUCUGCUCAGUGUUCCUGGUUCCCCAAGGCCUCGGUGCUGACUCCUGUCCCCAUGGAUGAACUGCAGGAUGUGCAGCUCACAGAGAUCAAACCGCUGCUCAAUGACAAGAAUGGUACACGAAACUUCCAGGACUUUGACUGUCAGGAGCACGACAUAGAAACAGCUCAUGGCGUGGUACAUGUCACCAUGCGAGGCUCACCGAAAGGGAACAGACCGGUUAUUCUCACUUAUCAUGACAUUGGCCUAAACCAUAAAUCCUGUUUUAAUGCAUUCUUUAACUUUGAAGACAUGCAAGAAAUCACCCAACACUUUGCUGUAUGCCAUGUGGAUGCCCCAGGCCAGCAGGAAGCUGCACCCCCUUUCCCAACAGGGUACCAGUACCCUACCAUGGAUGAGCUGGCUGAAAUGCUGCCUGCUGUCUUAACUCAUUUAAACCUGAAAGGUAUCAUUGGAAUCGGAGUUGGAGCUGGUGCUUAUAUCCUCAGCAGGUUUGCUCUCAAUCAUCCGGAGCUUGUGGAAGGCCUUAUGCUCAUCAAUAUUGACCCCUGCGCCAAAGGUUGGAUUGACUGGGCAACCUCCAAGUUCUCAGGCUGGACAACCAACAUCGUAGACAUUAUUUUGGCUCACCACUUUGGGCAGGAAGAAUUGCAGGCCAAUCUAGACCUGAUCCAGACAUAUCGACUCCAUAUUGCUCAAGACAUUAACCAAGAAAACCUACAACUAUUCUUGGGGUCAUAUAACAGCCGCAGAGAUCUGGAGAUUGAGAGGCCUGUUCUGGGCAUUAAUGACAACAGAACAAAAACUCUGAAGUGUCCUACAUUACUGGUGGUGGGAGAUAGCUCACCUGCAGUUGAAGCUGUGGUUGAAUGCAACGCUCGCCUGGACCCUAUGAACACAACCCUACUAAAGAUGGCAGAUUGUGGAGGAUUGCCUCAAGUGGUCCAGCCUGGGAAGCUGACCGAAGCCUUCAAAUACUUUGUGCAGGGAAUGGGCUAUAUCCCGUAUGUGCAGCUCAGCCACCUGAGCACCGAGUCAGUUCCGUCGGCCAGCAUGACCCGGCUCCUCCGCUCACGUACCCACUCCACAUCGAGCAUCGGCUCCGGAGAAAGCCUCUACAGUCGGUCUCUCGCCAGCACACAGUCAGAGGGAACCCCGGGAGCCCUCGAGUCAGCCGACAUCCUAGACAGACCGCAGACCAUGGAGGUGUCCUGCUAAGCAGACGCGCCUCUUCUGGACCCAUCCGAGUCCCUAACUGACCCCCAACCCCCCAUAAUAUAGCAUUUCAUCCAGGAAACUGGCACUUACUGUCCUGACUCAUGCAUGGCCACCUGUAACCUCUCUUUGUUAGCCUGGAUUGAUGAUUCUUUUAGCCUUUCUUUUGUACAUAUCCAGUGACACCCACACGGUCACCAUAACAUUCCAGCCGUAGCAGAUACUGUCCUUACCAGCUUUCCCUGUGCUUCCUCAACUAUAUAUCAGAUAAGAUUCUCUGAUCCCAGUUCUGUGUGUGUGUGAGCGAGUGUGAGAGUGUGUGUGCAUGAGUGCGUGAGUGUCCUUCUGUGAAUUUAGAAUCACUUUCUUGUCGAGCUUCUGCAAAGGAAAACAAGGGAUUUGUUCUUUCCUUUCUGUCCUCAGUAGUGUUUUCAGGGGAGAAGACGCAGAACAAGCUUUGUUUGGUUAGGCCAGCAAGCUCUCUCGGGCUACGUAGCGCUCGCUCCAGUGACGUUGGUUUGCAGGCUUCCUUGAAUUCAGAGUAGCGCUGAGGAAUAGAAACGGUCACAUUUGGCAUUCGUACCUCUCCUUAAGGAUAAAGGGAAAGCCUCUUGCACGUAGGGGAAAGAGAGGCCAGCCUGGUGCUUCUGUUCAAGUGAAUCCACAUACACUAUUUAUUCUACAGCCAAAAAAAGGGGAGCAAAGUGUUCUCCACCAAGAGCCUCUGAGCAGUGGCGGUUCUCACGCAGAGUGGAGUCGUUUUUUAAAACUGCACGUAUGGUUUCCUUAGCAGACUCUCUGGCUGCAGAGCAGAAGGGACAGUCGUCCUGUGCUUCUCCAGAGAUGACGGUCCGCUUCUUCCAGAGCCCAAAUGGGAGGCCAUUGUGUGGAUGAAGGGAGUUCUGUAGGCAUUAUGAUGGUACGCUAACAUCACUGUGUUCAGGCAGACUUAUGCAAGCUCCAUUAAAAAUGACAUUAAAAACAAGUGUCUGAAAGAUCCUUUGCCUCGUGAACUCCCUUUUUGUGAGCAGGAAGGUGCCUCCAAGGGGAAAUCUUCACCCCGAUCUUACGUGGAGAGAGCGCCAAGGCCCCGGCCUUUCUCGAUGACAAAUUGGUCGCCCCGUUGGCUGGGUGCUAAGCAUUGGGGGGAGGGCCUUUGGGAGUAGACUGCUUUAAACUGAAGAAAUAGGAAAGGAGCCACUCUGCUAGAGUACAACUUUUUACAGAUUAUUAAAUAAAGCUGUAUAUGUCUCAUUGUUACCUGA